UGCUUUUCCGAACCCAACGUUUCUCGUCGGAUCCGCAUUGUUGACGCACCGUCGGCCGCAGCAGUUUACAUUCGCAGCAGUAGCGACCCGGAGGCACGUUUUGUGUCUCGUUGAGCAGAAACAUGUCGAUUUUUACCCCGACGAACCAGAUCCGUCUGACCAACGUAGCUGUGGUCCGCAUGAAGAAGGGAGGGAAGCGCUUCGAGAUCGCCUGCUACAAAAAUAAAGUCUUGAGCUGGAGAUCCGGAGCGGAGAAGGACGUGGACGAGGUGCUGCAGACGCACUCUGUUUUUGUCAAUGUUUCCAAAGGUCAGACGGCGAAGAAGGACGAUCUGGUGAAAGCUUUCGGCACAGACGACCAGACGGAGAUCUGCAAGCUGAUCUUGGCCAAAGGGGAGCUCCAGGUGUCCGACAGGGAGAGGCAGAGCCAGCUGGAGAGCAUGUUCAGAGACAUCGCCUCCAUCGUGGCGGAGAAAUGCGUGAAUCCGAACACCAAGAGGCCUUACACCGUCGGCCUGAUCGAGCGAGCCAUGAAGGACAUCCACUACUCGGUGAAGCCCAACAGGAGCACCAAGCAGCAGGCUCUGGAGGUGAUCCGGCAGCUGAAGGAGACCAUGGAGAUCCAGAGAGCCCACAUGAGGCUGCGGCUGGUGGUGCCGGCCAAGGAGGCCAAGAGGCUGAAGGAGAAGCUCAAACCCCUCCUGCAGGUGGUGGAGAGCGAAGAGUUCGACGAAGAGCUGGAGAUGGUGUGUCUGGUGGAUCCCGGCUGCUACAGGGAGAUCGACGAGCUGAUCAACUGUGAGACCAAAGGCCGAGGCACUCUGGAGGUUCUCAGCCUGAAGGAUGUGGAGGAAGGAGACGAGACGCUAUAGGCGCUCGCUCGGCUGAUCAGCACUUCACCGGGAGAUGACGCCUUAGACUCCUGAACACUGACUCUUUAGCUAAUUGGCCUUAUUUCAGCACAGCAGCUGUGUUUAACAAGUAACUCUAACCUUAAGUGCUGACGACAUGCUAAAGCAUUUAAAUGUAAAAAUCAAAGGUCAGUAAUUAGCUCUGACCUAAAUAACUAUAUUUAUUAUUUUUCUGUCCUGGUGUGGACAUCCUUGACUUGUUUUAUGGUUCCCCUUUGCUUCCCUGUAUCCAUAGACCCACAGAGAUAUAUUGAACCGCACCAAUUAAAACCGCUCUGAACGUGAA